ACCAGCCUCAAAACACCACGCAACAUGUGCCACCAGAUCACCUUCCGUCUCGCCUGCGAGCACGUUUCGACGCACAUAAACUUCUGCGACGCUGCCAAAGGCAACAAGCCGUGCAAAAACCUCACCAAGGAGUCGAUCCCGUACCCGCCACCGUCAGGCUACACGCUGCCCAAGUGCCCGCUACCCGACUGCCCAUUUGAGGCCCUGAACCAGGCCUGGGACUGCUGCUGGUGUGGUAAAUUGUGGAACGUUGGGGGCCGCUGCAACUGCACCAUGAUCGGUGAGGGCCAAACGUAUCAGUGUGGGCAUAUCUGCUGCAAGUCGUGCACGCAGUCGAGGCAGUAUUUGUAGUAGGCGGAAGCGUCGUGUUAAGAUAAGGAGAAAAUGUGGCGAUGCGAUUCGCAGAUUUAUU